AUGGAAAUGGCUAUGAGCGAGUCUGAUCGACCAUUAUCUCUAGAGAGUUUUGCAAAUACAGACAACGAAGAACAUAUGUUGAUCGAAAAUGCAAUGGAUGGUGCAUUAGUAUCACGUCCAUCAUCGGCACAGGGAAGUUUUGCGCAUGAGGAAGACGAGGAACGCGAUCAUGUGUUGAGCGAUGAAAAUGCAACGAUGGAGACGUUAGCGGCGGAUUUUGAUAGGCAAUCAUUAGGGGAUGAGAGCUUGCCAGAAGAAAGGCGACAACACAAUAUUGGGAUGGCGUGCAAAUAUUGCGUUUUAUGUCAAGCUCAGUUUCCCCCAUUUUUUUCAGAAAUCUCAGGUAUCGACACAAUCUGGCGAUGGCGACAAAAACGACAAGUGCAACCAUGGGAAUACAAAUUUCGUGCCGUCAUUGAAAUGAAUAGAUAUGAAGAAGAAGAGGAAGAUUUUGGGAUCACAGGACUGAUGAUUUUUCCAGAAGGUGAUAGUCAAGACAAGCUUGUGGCAUCGAUACCUUCUUCAUCUACCGAAUUUCUUUUAAACAUGGUUCAACGUCCAGAUAACCCACCUUAUUGUGAAGCGUUCUGCUUCCAUGAUUGGUGUUAUUCGAUUCUUUGCUGGAGGCUGGAAAAUUACAGUGAUGCUACUUUACAUAAAGUUUGCAAAAGUCUUUCAAUCUCCCCAGCGUGGGAGAAUAUCGCAGAGUCUGAAGGUUGCUUGUAUGACCAGGUUGUCAGAAAUAACCUAUUAUCAGAUAUGACCGAGCUUGGUCCAAAGUACCAACCUUUAUUCUUGUCGAAGCUACCCCUAGAGUUGAGGGCACUUGUUUGGAGAUACGCCGGCCCAUCAUCUGCUUAUAGCUCGUUUAUGAUCGUGGCCGGCGAGAAAUCACGUUUGUUCUACCAGAUGCAUCGUCCAGCAGACCUUGCUUUGGCAUUAUACCCCAAAUCACAUCUUGUUCCGAGAAUGAUCAAGAUCUUCGGCACAGAUUAUAUACAGAGUCUCUGUGCUGAGUCAACUACAAUUCCGAUCACCGACUCAGCAACUGCUUGCUCCUACAGACUCGCAAUAGGAACUCGCGGUAUAUGUGCAAUCCAAAUAGUCAGUGAGGAUGGAUCGUUUUAUUGGGUUGGUAAAAUUCCUACAUCUGGUCUCGUUUGGUAUGUCGGCGCUCAACGUGAUUUUCGCAGAGACGUUAAGCUUCAUUACACUUUCAAAGGUCUCAACAUAGAUGUACGCAAAAUGCAAAGAUUCAAUAACGGAAUAUGGGACAGAGUUGAUUCACCAAAAUGGUCACAUAGAGGGUCUUUCUUGGAUUAUAUUCGCCGAGACGGGUAUAGCUUAUACAGAUAUAUCCCAUUCCAUAGGGGAUAUGAAUAUACUACAGGAAUAACGAUUCACUAUCACAAGGAAUUUGUUACUGGGAUGGAGGCUUCUUAUGGGAAAGCCACUGAGCUCGUUGGAGUUUACAGCGGUGUGGCUCUUCACUUGCCUCUGGAGUCUAAUGAACGCAUAUCUUAUGUAUGGAUCAAGCUUGAGAAAAAUAGGAUUCGGCGCUAUUACGAUCCAGCAUUCAUUAUCCAAACCACACAUGGAAGGACAUGCCAUCUGGGCCCAUAUGUCCCCCAUGAUGAGUACAAAUUCUACCAGUGGCAUCGUUUAACAUCUCAUGGGGAAACAACGGGAAUUUAUGUUGAGAAUUCCGACUGGACCUUGAGGAACUUCAAUAUCAUCAGUGAUAGAAAUGAAGUAGAGCCUAUGCAACCAAUACUUCACUACGAGACACCAAAACAACGACCUCACAUCUACUUUCCUCAAAAUUCCAGAUACGGUGACUAUGAUCUUUAUUUCAGUUCUGCAAAGUUCUCGCAAAUGAAGAGGGUGACUUUAUGUAGGAUCAAUGAACGCUGCAUGGGGAUUCUGAUAAAUUACCUAGAUAAGCCGCCUGUCGUUUUGGGGCAAUGCCAUCCUCCGCCUUCGAAAAUAAUGUUCCGAUCGGCAAGAUUCGAGAACUCCGAAGAAGGUUUUGUGGUAGAUGUCAGUUUCACACAGGAAGAACUCCCAGCAGAUAAUGAUACAAAUGAUCAAAUACAGGCAUUUGAUCUUGCACUUGAUGAGCAUAUCGUAUGGUGGUUCACCAACUCCACGGAUCUAAUUAGCCUCUGGCAUCCAGGCGACCAGUCUGCACAUAGGGUAGAAAUGAAGGAAAUCAUUUGUCGGGAUUACGAGAUCCAGCAUGUCAUAAUUCAAGCACAAAUUGUAAUAUAA